UUCAUUCCCUCCUGUCGCAGCCUAUCGCCGUCUGUGUGCUAAGUAGCUACCCACCAAAAGUGGGUGAAAUGGACAGAUGCAGACGCCACUAACAUCAGCGAAAUAAUAGACCCGUCAAAGCAUCAGCACCCUUGCAACCACAGCCAUGUUUGGCAGGUCACGGAGUUGGGUUGGAGGACAGGGGAAAUCGAAAAAUAUCCAUUCCUUGGACCAUUUAAAGUACAUGUACCAUGUCUUGACCAAAAACACCACAGUGACAGACCACAACCGCAACCUCCUGGUGGAGACUAUCCGCUCCAUCACAGAGAUCCUCAUCUGGGGGGACCAGAAUGACAGCUCUGUGUUUGACUUCUUCCUGGAGAAGAACAUGUUUGCCUUCUUCCUGAACAUCCUGCGACAGAAGUCCGGCCGCUAUGUGUGUGUUCAGCUUCUUCAGACCCUGAAUAUACUCUUUGAGAACAUCAGCCAUGAGACGUCUCUGUAUUACCUUUUAUCAAACAACCAUGUGAACUCCAUCAUCGUCCACAAGUUUGAUUUUUCAGAUGAGGAGAUCAUGGCCUACUACAUCUCCUUCCUCAAGACGCUGUCACUCAAGCUCAACAAUCACACCGUGCAUUUCUUCUACAACGAGCACACUAAUGACUUUGCCCUGUACACUGAGGCCAUUAAGUUCUUCAACCACCCUGAAAGCAUGGUCCGCAUCGCAGUCCGCACCAUCACGCUCAACGUCUACAAAGUGGACAACCAGCACAUGCUGCACUACAUCCGAGAUAAGACAGCAGUGCCAUAUUUCAGCAACCUGGUCUGGUUCAUCGGCAGCCAUGUCAUUGAACUGGACAAGUGCGUGCAGACAGACGAAGAGCACAAGAACCGAGGCAAGUUAAGUGACUUGGUAGCCGAGCACCUUGACCACCUUCACUACCUGAACGACAUCCUCAUCAUCAACUGUGAAUUCCUCAAUGACGUUUUGACUGACCACCUCCUAAACCGCCUCUUCUUACCUCUUUAUGUGUACUCGUUGGUUAGCCAUGAAACACCUGAAGAGCGAAAGAUCAACCCUCAGGUGUCCCUCUACCUGCUCUCUCAAGUGUUUCUGAUCAUCCACUAUCAGCCCCUAGUCAACGCCCUGGCCGACGUAAUCCUUAACGGAGACCUGUCCGUCUUCAUCCCGCAGGCGGACCUUCAUAGCACACACAAGAACACGGCCAGUUCAGGAGGGGUGCGUCGCUUCACCAAGCCACCAGAGUCCUUGGAGCGCUCGCUGGAGCUUUCCCGCCACCGUGGUCGCAAAAGGACCCAAAAGAGGCCAAACUACAAGAAUCUGGGCGAGGAGGACGAUGAUGGUGGUGCUGGGGGAGGCGGCGGCGGCAGUCGAGAAGGUGGAGAGGAGGGCUGGGACGAUAACAGCAAAGGAGGAGAGGGAGGCCGAGACAGGGAGAAGGGAAAAGGUACAGAGCUUGUAGGAGCAGGUGGGAGUUCUAAGGGAAGCAGAGCGAGUGGGGAUGCGGCGGAAGAGAUCGAGAUGGUGGUGAUGGAGACGUGUAAGGUGACGGAGCUGACCGAACAGAACAUAACGGAUGAAGAGAAGACCGCAGCAGCCACCCGCUCGCACACACACAGAAGCAGGCCGUUCUUAGACAUGGUGUACAGCGCCCUGGACUGCACCGAUGAUGACUACCAUGCCCUGUUUGUCCUCUGCCUGCUCUAUGCGGUUUCACAUAGCAAAGGUAUAAACUGUGAUCUACUAGAGAGGCUGCAGCUGCCGGUCCCCGAUCAGGAACGAAGCUCCUACAGUUUGGUGCUUGCAGAGAGGCUGAUCAGAGUAAUGAGCCAGGCAGCACAGCCUGAUGGUAGGGUCCGCCUUGCUACCCUGGAGCUUAGCUGCCUUUUAUUAAAACAGGCUGUGUUGUCUGGAAGUCAGUGUAUAAUCAAAGACGUUCAUCUGGCCUGCCUGGAGGGGGCAAGGGAAGAAAGUCUGCAUUUACUGCGGCGAUUCUACAAGGGUGAGGAGAUCUUUCUGGACAUGUUUGAAGAUGAAUACAGGAGCAUGACGAGUAAACCGCUGAAUGUGGAGUAUUUAAUGAUGGAUGCCUCCAUACUGCUGCCACCCACCGGCACACCUCUGACUGGCAUUGACUUUGUCAAGAGGCUACCUUGUGGCGAUGUGGAGAAGACGCGCCGGGCCAUACGUGUGUUCUUCAUGCUGCGAUCGCUAUCACUGCAGCUUCAAGGAGAACCAGAGACGCAGCUGCCUCUGACCAGACCUGAGGAUCUUAUUAAGACUGAUGACGUCUUAGACCUCAAUAACAGCGACCUAAUAGCGUGUAUGGUGGUCAGCAAAGAUGGCGGCCAGGCUCAAAGGUUCCUUGCUGUCGACGUCUACCAGAUGAGUUUGGUUGAACCGGAAACCAAACGCCUUGGAUGGGGUGUUGUCAAGUUUGCUGGCCUCUUGCAGGACAUGCAGGUGUCUGGCGUUGAAGAUGACAGCAGAGCUUUAAACAUCGUCAUACAUAAGCCCAGCUCCAACCCUCACGCCAAGCCGCUGCCGAUCCUGCAGGCCAACUUCAUCUUUGCAGACCACAUCCGCUGCAUUAUCGCCAAGCAGAGACUGGCCAAAGGUCGCAUCCAAGCCAGACGCAUGAAAAUGCAGAGGAUUGCAGCUCUGCUGGACCUGCCUGUUCAGCCAAGUACGACGGAGGUGCUGGGUUUCGGUCAGACAGCCAAUGCCUCCCCCAGCGGCCUCCCUUUCCGCUUUUAUGAGCAGUCGAGACGAGCCCCCAGUGACCCCACGGCCAGCAGAGCUGUCUUUGCCUCAGUUGAUAAAGUCCCAGGCUUUGCGGUAGCACAUUGUGUGUCGCAACACAGUCCCUCCCCCCUGUCCUCCCCGUCUACUCCCUCCAGUGGAAGUGGGAGCACAGGAAGGUGCGACUCUGUUACCGCCAGCUCCAUUUCAGCUCAGAGCCCCACAGAUGAUGGCACAUUCUUGGAGCACACCCCUCUCGCUUCAUCAUGUGGAGAAGUGGCGGAGGGAGGUGUAGAGGAAGUAACCUCCGCUCCUUCCACCCAAAGCUCAGCGCCGGCCCUGGCUCCGAGCCUCACCCCGGCCUCCCAACCCACCAUCUCCCUCCUCACGGACAGCAACGCAGACACCCUGAGCGUAGAGUCGCUAACACUGCUACCCCCUGCAGACUCUCCACACCUCCACCCCUGUGCCAGUCACCUCCCCGCCACGCUCUCCUUCCUCCAGAGACUAGACGAGGAGAGCGAUGGAGAGCAAAGAGAUGAGGAAGGCUCUCCAGUGGAGGAUGCAACAGUCAAAGAGGAAACAGCGGAGUUUGUGACACCGACUGAUGAAGGACCAGAGGAUGCGCAGGGCGGAGAUGAGCCAGAGUCUGUGGAGAGAAACUCACCUCAAAGGGAAGCUGUAGAUGACACAGAAGAUGUAGAGAAACACACAGACUCACCAGAUUCCCCUGAACUGGACUGACAACACACAUCCCCAACCUCACACUCCCCACCCAGCUUGGCUGCAGGGUGUUUCCAUGCUACAGGGUGUGUGUGACGCCUCUAAAGGCCCCUUUUAGGUGUGUGUGUUUGCACACAAAGAACAAUAGGAGACAUUACACACCGUGAUGGAACUCAAGGAAGUCUCAAAGCACAUUUGGGUUCAUCUGUCACACAUACAGGAACGUUUUUAGCACUCCUCGGAUCGGCAAACCAGCAGCAUUUUUUUAUUGAGUGAGUCACACUGCAGAUGUGAUGUUUUAAAAGAUCUCUAUUUUUUAUGUCUUAAGUUCACAUUGCCACUUGUGCUGUAAGUCACUACGAUGCUAAAAACACUCAAACACACACACACACACACACACACACACACACACACUCGCCCAUACUGUCAGCUGCACAAGACUUUGUAUGCACUAGUUAUGUGUGUGCAGGCUCAAAAGAUUUGGUUUUUGAGGAGGAUGUGUGAUACAUCAUAUGUGGAUAUAGGGAAUCCUGCAGUAGGGAGCCCUGUUCUUCUGCUUUAAAAUUGCUUUGCUGAUACAAGUAUGCUUCAAAUACGUAUUCCCUUGUGUGAACAUCAUCACAAGAUCAAAUCAUUAGAGUGGCCUGUAAACGUGACCUUUUGAGGCGUUUACAGACAGUUGCCUGAGUGUAUUAUGACUCAGUAGUUAAAAGUAAUCAAACAUCUUUAGUUUUUCUUUUUUCUUGCAGUUGCUUCCUUCUCACAUGCGUUGUUUGGAAGCCUGCAGGGAUAAGAUCAAGUAGCAGCAGUGUGAUCAGUGUCGUGCGAAAGAGCACGCAUGGAGCGCAUACUACAGUAGAAGAUUGUUAGUCAUUCACGUUGCCCAAUCUUUCCAGCCGGGUGGAGUUGAAUUUUAAGCUCACUACACCAACCCAAAUUCGGUUGGAAAUACACUGAGAGGAUGAGACCUGAUCACAGCAGGUGUCAUCCUCUCCACUAUUUAACAAAAUACCGUGGAACCUUGGUCAGUGUCCAGAAGGUCCGACUCUAACCAAAGCGUACUCUAACCCAAUCAAUUUUUUCUAAACAUGCAUAAAACAAUUCUAAAUGAAUAUAAAUGAUGAAUGAAAGGGCUGAAUUAACAUUUAAGGUUACUUUUAUCGUCGUUGAAGACGUGAUUGACACAAUCAAAGCGGACACCACCUUCCUGUUUUGCAAUGAGUUAUUUCUUGAAUUCAUUAGUGUUUCUCAACUCAAGUCCCUGCUUUUCCUUUGAGCCCGGCUGCAAAAUAACCCAAAAUGGAGCCAAAGGAAGUUGCAAAUGCAGGCAUUUUGAUUAAAAAAAAAAAAAAAAAGAAGAAGAAACACUAUUAAAUUAAAGUAAUAACUCUAGAGGUAAAACAUUUAUUUGACAAAUCGAAUCAGUCGACAACUAUUUUGGUAUACGAUUAAUGUUUUGAUGUAAAAAUGUAAAUUACCUCUGAUUUCAGCCUCUCAAAUGUGAAUAUUUUUCAAUUUGCCUAGUCAUCCAUGAAAGCAGACCUAUUCUUUUUUAUGUUGCAUACUAAACUACUGUUCAUGUUGAGUUGGUCCAUCUAGGGCCUAAUGGAUUACUCAAUUAUUCAAAACAAGCUUCAGAUAAGCGACUAAGAAAAUAAUCGUGCCCAAAAUAACUCAUGGCAAAACAGGAAGGUGGUUGAUCGUGCCGCUACAUCGUGUCUUUGGCAACAAUCACGUCUUCAGGGAAGGUAAAAGUAACCUUAAAUGUUGAUUUAUCCCUUUCAUUCCUCAUUCAUAUGCAUUUAGAAUUGUUUUAUGCAUUUAAAACUAUAAAAAUGUGUGCUGUGCUCACAUACAUGUGUUAUCAUGAGUCAACCGCUGAUGACGAUAGAUGGCUGACAGAGAUGACUUCUGCUUCCUGUUUGCAUGCAUUAGCAAGCUGCUAACAGAGGCGUUUCGUGGUAAAAAUACAUAAAGAACACGGUUGGACUCAUGCAGCAUAUUCAUAACACAACAUAUUGUGUGCUAACCGAAAAAUGGACGCAAAUCGAGGCAAAAUAUUGGCGUACAUUUUGUCCGCUAAACCGGGGUUCCGCUGUAGCUUGUGUCUUUUCCGUCAAGCUUUUCCACUGCAAUAAACGGAAGUGCUAACUAACCAGGUCAGAUAUGAAUGUAACGCACAACUUCUCGCUCACGAUCGCAGCGUUCGCUCCAUUAACUCCAUCGAUACGAAUGCCAUCUUUACGAUUACGACUUUCUUUGUAAAAGCAGAACCAACCCGUGCCAUCAUCAGCCACCUGAUACUCCACCUAGUUAGGUAACUGAGACAUUUAAAGCAAUACUCUCUUUACCCCACCGUACCCAUUUCGCUGCUGUAAAUAACUCCAGAAUGAUAGCGAGGAUACGCUUCAGUGCACCAGGCAGAAGGAGCAUUGGUGGGGUAGGACUAGACGGGUCUGGAGGCACGUUUAGAUGUCUCUACUUACAAAUGUCCAUGGCGAGCUGCUGUCAUUUAGUCUCUGAUUGUAGUGUGUGUGUGCGUGCGAUGUAAAUGCUUCUGGCUUUUAAACAUGUAAGUAUUGUUAAUGACUUUGAAACAGAGAAAUAGAUAAAGAGCCGCAAUAAAUUAUUCUACCUAACAACACAGAGACCGUUUGUGUAUGUAAUGAUGGAUUCAUGUCAGUCAAUGGACAUGGUGGCAUUUUGUAACGUUUCUUUUAUUGUAUUGCACUUCCUGUAUUCGAGGAAGUCGGUGUGUGCACGUGCGAAGGUGUUCCUGGUACACCGGUGACACAUUAUGUACGGACACAUCUGCGUGUGUGUGCGUGUCUAUAUCAGUGCUGAUGGUGACACCAUGAGAUUCCAAACUGUUAAGGUCACAGAUUAAUAAAAAAAAUCUCAAAUUACGUAACGUAACAUAGUUUUUCCUCAUGUAUCACUCAUUUUGAGAUAACACAAGAUAAUUGACCAAACUUUUGGCUGAAAAUACCCUUUAAAGGCUUGAUGUCAUCAUCUUACUGAGCAUCAAAUGAUUAACUUUGUGUGUGUGUGUGUGUGUGUGUGUGUGUGUGUGUGCGCCACUUUUUCUUUGGCUUUUUUGUGGGGGUUUUUCACUUACUCAAAAGGAUGCGUUAUACACGGGAAGGUACAUGAAAUCAAAGCAGUAAUACUGCGUUCUGGACUACCUGGAAGUCGUACAUAUCCAAAGUACUACUGGGAAAAGUGCAUUGGAACGCUGCUUAAAAGUUGCAAGUAAAUAUCCCACUUGGGGAUUCUGAAGUCUGAGCUCAAAGCCUUCCAGUUGAAAGUAACCCAAAGGAAAGUUGGCUGACCGUCUCAAUAAGCGUGCAUUAAAGUUGAUUUGCCAAAUGAAAUAUAAUUUAAAAGAAUACAUAAAAUAAUAAAUGUAAAUAAUAAAAUACAAUUUUUUAAAAGCUGAUUUAGUGAAAAGUAGUCCCCCAGAGAAGAGCAUGUGUUAAAAUGCGACAUUUAGUUAUAACCAAUAAAUCCAGAUACAUUUAGUGUAUCUGAUCUGGAACCGAUUAAGCGUGAUAAACGAGGGAUGGCUGUACUUGAUAGAAGGAUUCAUCACAACCAGUUGGCAGUGGAAAUUAGCGUGAAGAUGUACGUAGUUUGUAUGAUGGGGACAGUUUGAUCCUGGUAUGGAUGAUUUCUGUUUCCAUGAUUUCCUUAUUACCUGGGAGGUUCGUCUUAAACUGUAAAUUGUUUGGCAGCCAAGAUCUCGCCUUACACCUUUUACUUUCAUUUUGAUGUUUCAAAGAGGUUUCUCUUUUGGAUAGGGACUACGGCCCUCUGCUCUUUCCCAUUUUUGGCAAAUGAUUUGACCUCAAUGAUGUUUUCUUUCCCGUCCAUCCUGGACAUUCCACUUACUGGACAUUGCGGGAGAAUAAAUGGUGACUAAUAAGGGUCUUCGGUGAAUCAGCUUCUGAGUUCCUUUGUGAGUUUACAGAGAAUCCGGGAGUCAGAGACCAAUCAUAAACUUUGACUAAGAAAGGCCAAAGAUUCUGGAAAUAGUGAAUGCCCGGCUUUCAAGUUUCAAGUUGAAUGCUGCCAACGCACAGAAUGUCUUGUCUUAUCUUGUUUCACCACAACCUUCGGAAAGACCUUCUCUGAUACGUCCUUCAAGAUGUCCUUCUCAGUCUAUCUGAGACAAAAGCAUUUGAUAGGCUACGCAUUUGUACUGUCGUCAAUACACGUCCAAGAUGUCCUUCUCAGUCUAAGACAAAAACAUUUGAUAGGCUACGCAUUUGUGCUGUUGUCAAUACUUAACUCUCAGCCUGUGACACUGUUCAACACUAGUUACUGAUCACAUGUUAACCUUCAGGAGAGCCCAGGGACAUUGUGUGCUUUUCACUGUUUUUUUUUUACUUUCAAGCCAUUUUGAACAAGCUGCAAGCUACACAAAACUGACACACUUGUUCCUAAUGAAAAAAAUGUCCUUUUCAAAAUAACUUUGGAUCCAGUAUUCAUCUUAACAUAAACUCAAGCAAUCUUUUCUGUUAAUAUUUUCACCCUCAUUUUUCAUAUUUGUUCACUAGAUACUGUUGUGCUGUGUUUUCCCAUUCAAAGCAUGCAGCAAAAUGUCUCACCUUGCACCUUCUUCUGCAAAGGUUUUUCUGCCCGCCUUGCUAGAGAAAUGAUAGGCGUGUGUCGCUAUUGAAAAAUGCGUGUUUUGGAGUAUAUUUCAGGCUGAAGUACUUUUAAAAGAUUGACUCGUUUAAAGCGGAAACAUUCUUGGUAUUUAUGGACAAAUAAGGAGCCAGACAUAUUUUUGUAAUAAGUUGAAUUCCAAGUUAUUAAACAGUGGAACCUCCAAAGUCGAAUAUCCCAAAUGUUCCGACUAGGGCUGCAAAUAACAAUUAUUUUCUUAGUCGAUUAAUCUAAAGCUUGUUGUUUUGAUUAAUGUAGUAAUCGGUUAGGCCCUUGACGGACCAAAUCAAUAUCAACCAAAGACAAACAGUCUACA